AAAGCAUUUUGAACUGCCUCGUUGUUAUACAAAUAACUUUGAUUAACUGAUACCACAAAAUAAAAUGAAGUGCGGUUUUGAAAAGUCACCUAAACCCAACUCAUGUUAAAUGCAGCUCUUCUGAGAAUGUCUUACAUCACACUAUGUCUACCAUGAAACGUGGUGGUGGUGGCAGCAUCAUGCUGGUGUGCUGUGUUUCUUAAUCAUAAAAAGGGAAGUUGGGUCAGAGUAAUAACCAUGAAGAAAAUCUGUUACUGGCGGCAAAAGACUUGAGAUGAAGGUUCAGCAGGACAACAUGCAAAAGUUUAGAUCAGAUUACAAAAAAAAAAUUGUGUUUACAGGCACCCAUCUACUCUGACUGAGCUAUUUUGCAAAGAAUGGGCAAAAAUGUCCAAAAAAAUGUUCAGACGUGCAAACUUGAUAGACACACCCCAACGGUUUGGCAGCUGUUACUGCAGAGGAAGGAUCUGCAAAGCAUUGGCUAAGGGAAGUCAAAUGCAAAUGCUCUCGGAAUCGUUGCUUUAAACGUGCAGAUUUGACUUUGAUUGAUGACCGCAUCCUCACGGACACCUGUUGAGAACCGCCGACAUCAAACCCAUUUUCUCAGCUGCAGCGGCUGCAUCAUCAUCGGGACAGCAACGCACAAAAGGCUUGUUGUGUAACUCACUGAGGGCUUUAUUGUUGCGACGGGAGCAAACGCGCAUUAAGCGCUACGGUUUGCGCGGUUAUGUUCAUUAAGACAUUCCUGCGCGGAUUGGGGCGACAGACCGAGAGCGAGAGGGAGUGAGAAAGGGAGGGGGGGGGGAGCUUUACAUAAUAAACUGCAUGCUUUUCACUUGAAAUGUCCCUUUAUAAGCGGACCCUGUAUAGUCACAGCGAGGCGAACUGUAAACGAGCGGACUGAGCGGACAGGAAACAUCCUAUGUCAAAUCGCAGCCAGGAUGGUCACGCCGUACCCUUUGCCGGAGGGUUUCUCCGAGUUCGAUGUGUUCUCGCUGGGAUCUUGUCUGCUGGUGGAGGGUCUGCUGGGCUUCCUUCUAAACGCGGUGACAAUCGUGGCUUUCCUCAAAGUGAGAGAGCUCAGGACCCCCAGCAAUUUCCUGGUGUUCAGCUUAGCCAUGGCUGACAGCGGCAUCUGCAUGAACGCCACCAUCGCAGCUUUUUCCAGCUUUCUGAGGUACUGGCCUUAUGGCUCAGACGGCUGCCAGACUCAUGGUUUUCAGGGCUUCAUGACAGCUCUUGCCAGUCUUCACUUCAUAGCAGCUAUCGCUUGGGACAGAUACCAUCAGUACUGCACGAGGACGAAGCUGCAGUGGAGCACCGCCAUCUUUCUGGCUGUAUUUAUCUGGAUGUUUGCCGCGUUCUGGGCAGCCAUGCCCCUCAUCGGCUGGGGAGAGUAUGACUACGAGCCUCUCAGGACUUGCUGCACACUGGAUUACAGUAAAGGAGACAGGAACUAUGUCUCAUACUUGAUCCCUAUGAGCAUUUUCAACAUGGGCAUUCAGGUGUUUGUUGUCCUUUCUUCCUACCAGUCCAUCGCACAAAGAUUCAAAAAGACUGGAAACCCCAGGUUUAACCCCAACACUCCUCUGAAGACUUUGCUAUUCUGCUGGGGGCCCUACGGUGUUCUGGCUUUCUAUGCUGCCGUGGAGAAUGCAACCCUCGUCUCACCAAAGCUGAGGAUGAUCGCUCCUAUCCUGGCUAAGACCUCGCCCACCUUUAAUCCUCUUCUGUACGCUCUGGGAAAUGAGAACUACAGAGGAGGCAUUUGGCAGCUUCUAACAGGGGAAAAGAUUGCUGUGCCUCAAAUUGAUAAUAAGUCCAAAUAAACUGCUUACUGUUGUAGAUGUUUCUGUCUGUGGGAGUCUGUACUGUAACAAUGUGUCGUAAGCAGUGUGAACGUCUGCCUCUCGUACGCUUUACAUCUGCUCUGGGUUUGCUCCUGCAUCACCUCUGCCACUGUGUUUAUGUGAAGCUGGAAAUAUUCUAAAAAUAUGUCGUCAUCAUAUAUAUAUCAUGUUGUUUUUCAGCAAAACAGUCAAUGUGUCUCAUUUUGUAUCAUGACGUUUGUGUUUUAUUGGUUUAAUUUAAUUUCAACAGUUCAUGCAUGGCUUUAAUUUUACCUCAUUCUAUUUAUUUUUGGUACAAGUUUCACCCAAAAUGUUCAAAAUGUGGUUGUUGCACGACAUAAUAAAUUAAAUUAAAUUACAGUUAAGCAAAGCAUAGUUACAAACCCCUUUAUGCAAAACAGAUUACCAACGUGCAUCACUUCACCACAAACAACAUAAACAAGCAAUCAUUUCAGCACAGACACUCGUUCUGGAUCUUUUCUUCAUUGUGGAAGAACUACUGUGUUGCAAAAAGUAGAUCAUGUUAUCUGUGGCCGAGGAGGAAAUAUCCCCAAAAUAAUCUAAUUUUAGCUAAAUAAGUUUUAUCUUGAUGUCAGGGAGUCAAAAGAGAUCCAAAAUGGUAAUUAAUUUAUUUUUAUGUUUUUGUAAACAUGAAAAUAUGUGCAAAAGCCACAGCUAUUUUUUUCCGCUCUUUGACUGAUCUCAAUAUUCAGGGUGAAAAUGCAAUAGUCCUCUAAACAAAAUCUAAAUUUUUCAAUGCCUACACACACACAUUCGCAUGCAUGCACACACACGCACACACACACACACACACACACACAAUGAUAAGAUCAGAAAUGAUUAAGAACCAUUAAAUUAACUGGGAAGGUUUCUUAGUUUGACAUUCACAUACUUAUUUUAAAGACAGAGUUCAGGCAAGCAGCAAAACCAAUUCGAAAGAAUUUAUUACAUUAGCUGAGCCAGAACACAUCAUACCUAAUGGUUGUUCUUUUGUGCUUUAAUGUGCUCCAGUGUGUCACACGAUUAAUUGCCAUGUUUAUCAUCAUUUUGACCUUCAAACAUCAAUAAAUAUUUUUUUUUUGUUUG